CCUCGUCUCUCUUCCCCUUCUGCUGCGCCUUUUUCCGUUCCUCUCUCCCCCCACUGUCCCCUCCAUCCGCUCCGUCCCAGCCGAGCGAGAAAGCGAAGGGGCCCGAAAAAAAAGCCGCACCGGCUUCCCUUCCUUUUUCCACCACCCGGAGAGAUGGAGCUGUUGUACGAGCUGCUCCUCACGGCGGCGGUCACCCUCCUCGCCGCCUUCCUGCUCGCCACGCUCUUCGCCGCCAAUGAUCCCCCGCGCCGGACCACCGAUCGCGCCGCAGCCGCGAUCGCCGAGGAGGUGGCGGCGGAGGAGGAGAGGAUCAUCGAGGUCGACGAGGUGAUGCGUAGCGAAGGGAGGGCGGCGGCUGUGGCGCCGCCGGAGGCGGACGGGUGGGUCGAGGCGGAGAAGGCGCCGGCGGUGGUCGUCAAGGAGGUGAAGGAGCCGGAGAGCUUGCCCGAGGAGGAGGUGGGGGUUCCCGUGAAGGCUGUUCGGGAGUUGCGCCUUGCUGCUGAAGUGGAGGAGGGGGAGGACGGCGGUGGCCGCGUGAAGCGGCCUGAUUUGACCUCCACAGCUGCUGUGGCGGCGGCGGGUGCUGAGGCGAGCCCGCAGGUGUCGGGCGCUGAUGUUGUGCCUAGGGAGGCGUUUGAUGUGGUGGGGUUGGAGGAACGGACCGUGCAGGAUGUUGAAGUGAAUCAGCAUGGUCUGGGCGCUGAGUCUGCUCUUGCUCCCGUUGAAGUUCUCGAAGCAGGACCGGGCAAGCAGGGACAGGGAGUAGAAGUUAUUGGAGUUGCGCAAGUGCUUCCCUUGGAAACAGAAGCUGUUGAAGUGAAACAGCAGCAUCUGGUUGCCGAAGUUGCUCCUUCUGAAGAUGUUCUUGACGUGGGAUUGGUGGACAGGAGUGUACAAGCUAUCGAAGUGACGCCUGAUGAAUUGGAUUCUGAGACUGCUCUUGAAGAGAUUCUUGAUGUCGUAUUGGAGAAGAAGGAAGAACAAGUAGUUGAAGUGAAGGAGCAUGAAUUGCCUGCAGGGGCUGCUCCACAACCACCAGUUCUUGAUGUGCCAUCGGCAAAGAAGGAAGAGCUUAAACAUCAUCAGCCCAUUGAAGAAGCUGCUGAGGUACAUGAGGAAGUGCAGUGCAAGGAGGAAGCUAAAUGUGAGGCCCAUCCAAUUGAUCAACAAGAAGAACUGGUUCCUGAAGAGGAAUCGGUGGCAAGGACAAUUGAUGAUGUGAAUGUUAGCCAUGAAUGUAGCUUUAGUGAUAAAGUGGUUACCGAGUUGCCUGUGGAGGCAGUGACAUUGCAAGUGCUGCCGAAGGAUGACCCUGAGGCAGACGUCGAGUUUGAGGAGUGGGAAGGGAUCGAGAGGAGUGAAGUGGAGAAGAGGUUUGGUGCGGCUGCAGCAUUUGCUGCUAGUGAGGCUGGGGCGGCUGCCCUGUCAAAGCUCGAUAGUGAUGUGCAGCUGCAGCUUCAAGGUCUCCUCAAGGUUGCCAUUGACGGUCCCUGUUAUGACUCUGCGCAGCCACUUACAUUGAGACCUUCAUCUCGUGCGAAAUGGGCUGCUUGGCAGAAGUUAGGGAAUAUGAACCCUGAGAUUGCUAUGGAUAAAUACAUGAAUCUUUUAUCAGAAACAAUUCCUGGGUGGAUGAGGAAUGAAACCUUGGACACAGAGAAUGCUGGCAGUUUAUCUGCAGAGACUAUCUUAACAACGAUGACUGCUACAAGUGAUCAACGGAGCAAUCAAGGGAAUGAAGAUAGUUCUAGCAUAGGUGAAGGUCGCCCAAUAACUUCCCCUAACCCAGAGAAAGGCCAGAGCUCUGAUAUCCCUGCUGAAUGAAGGCAACACUGAUAAAAUAUUCUUGCAUCAAUGAUUCCAGCCCAUUGCUGUGAUCAUUAUCGAUGUUUCGUCAUAAAAUUAGAUUUGUACAGUUGUGGUGGUUGUGCUAAUGCUAGUGCUAUGAUGAUGUUGGUUCGUGCAUGUAUAUGACUGUAUAUAUUGUAACCACUGCUGCUGCCGCCUGUAUAUUUGGCCAGUUGCAGACUUGUCGUCGGUUUUCGGUUGUGGUCGAUAUUAACGUUACCUCCGGUAACUGAUAAGUGGUAAUUGUAUUUGUCACCACCUAGUUUGGAACGAAGAAAUUAAGCGGUUCAGGUAAGGCUUAUCUCAUUCCAAA